UUCAGUUGGGUGAAUUUGGAUCGGAUUACUUUAAGUGGUACUGGUUUGCAGAUUAUAGGUCUAUUAAUCGGUGGAGAAGCACUUGCUUGUGGAGUUAACGUAAAUACAGUAAACACCAGCGGAUUCACACCGAAGGAUGUCCUGGAUCUUUUGCUCCAAAAUGGAAGUGAUUUUUAUCAUCAUGAUAUUCAUAUUUAUCAGAUGUUCCAGCAAGCUGGAGCUGUGAAAGGCCGAGAAAUAACAACAGACCCUGCUUAUGUCCGAACUCAAACAGAAAACCCAAACAGGCAAAUAGCACAAUCUGCUUGUUCAUGGAACCUAUGGAAGGAACUAAUGAGAGAGGUAGCGGAAUCAUCCACCGACACUCAAAAUGCACUAAUGGUUGUGGCAGUCCUAAUAGCAACGGUCACGUACCAAGCGGUUCUGAGCCCUCCAAGUGGUUUCUGGGAAGCUGAUAAACGAAAAUCUCAGACCGUUACGACAGUUCAAAAGAGAACCAUGAAUCCUGGAGAAGCUGUAAUGGCGAGUGACCCUGAAAUCUUUGCGGUGUUCAUUGUGUUUAAUGCCAUUGGUUUCUUUGCAUCGCUUGCCAUGAUAUCUCUGCUUACAAGUGGAUUCCCUCUCAGAGCAGGCUUAAGGUUGGCCAUACUUUCAAUGACGGCAACUUACGUAAUUGCUGUAAUCUAUAUGGGUCCAACGAAAAUGAGGGAAGUGUAUAUAGUGGUGAUUUUGAUGGGUCUUCUAUUUCUUGCGGAGUCGAUACGGUUCACCGUGUGGUUGCUCAAGAAAUGGGGAAUUGUUGGUGAUACGAGGAGCCGACUGCGUUAGACGAAUCCACACUGUUUACAAUGUGCAGCUUCUUUUUAUUGCAUGAUGAAAUGAAUCAGUUCAUGAGAGAGUUUAGAAUUUUCAUUGUUAUCUUUUGAGCAUGAUGACUUGUUCUCUAAAAAAUUGUGUCAUCAUUGUUCCUUGCAUUACAUGAAAGCAAA